AUGAAUGUAAAAUUAUUGUUACAAUUUUAUAUUGCUUCUUUUGUGGCACAUACACAAACAUUACUAUUAGCAAUGAAACAUCACCGACCAUUUUAUUUAUUUACAUCAUAUAUUGUAUUUGUUUUAUAUUGUUGGUAUUAUUCAUACUCACUCAUUAUUAUCCUUCUUCCAUUGUUCAUUUAUUUAAUUUCAUUUAUUAUAGAAACUGACGAUUACCCACAUACAUAUUAUAUGAAACAAUCACCUUUUUCAGCUAAGGUUCUUUCUUCAACACCACAACUUAGGUCUGCUUAUCAAUGUCCAUUAAAACUAUUUUCAGGACAUUUAUUAACAGUAUAUACAUCCCAAACUGAUACAACAUUUUCAUUUUCUUAUAGUAGAACUAUUGUAAAUUGUCAGGAUGGAGGUAUUUGUGGAUUUGAUGUUCUUGAUAGUGAUUUACCAUCAACAGCACCAAUAAUAGUUUUUAUUCCUGGUGCUGUUGGAGAUAAAAAAAGUUUAUAUAUUAAGAAAGCAGUAGAGCUUGCACGUAGAAAUAAUUUCCGUGCUAUUGUUUUUAUUAAAAGAGGUUUGUCUGGAAUUGAAGUAACAACAGGAAAAUUAUAUAAUGCUAUUUCAUGUGAAGAUAUUUAUGAUGCACUUCCUGUUAUUCAUAAACAAUUUGAACACGCACAAAUUAAUAUUGUUGGAUAUUCUCUUGGAGGAUCACAAGCAAUUCGUUUAAGCUAUAAAUAUUCAUCUGAUUUAUUACAGUUUAAUGUAAAUUCUAUUUGUGCUGUUUGUCCUGUUUGGGGAAUUUCUGCUAUAGAAACACCUGAAUUAUAUUCUAAACCAUUUGUUGAUGAGUUUAAAGAAAUUCUUUUUAUUCAUAAAGAAGUUUUUGAGAAAGCUACUGACAAAGAUGGACAUCCAUUAUAUGAUUUAAACGCUGUAAGUAAUGCAAAAACAAUGAAAGAAUUAGAGAAAACAUUAAUUGCUCCAAUGUUUGGGUAUAAGAGUGUUGAAGCAUAUUAUUGGGAUGUAGAGCAAUGGUUCCAAAAUUUACCAUGUACUCGUAUUCCAACAUACACUAUUAAUUCUUUUGAUGACCCAGUAUUAAAUGAUCAAGAUUAUUCUUAUUUGAGAAUUAAAGCUCUUUGUGGAUUUAGUCCAUUUGUUAUUUCUUCUUAUACCCAAAGAGGAGGUCAUUGUAUUUAUAGUGAAUCAUUAGAAACAAAUACAAUGAGUUAUGCUGAUAGAAAUGUUCUUGAGUUCAUUAAAACUGUUUCUGAUUUAAAUCAAUCAGGAGAACUUGCUAUGAUGAGAAAGGAGGCAGAAGAAAAAUUUAAAUGGUUCAAUGAAUAA